AUGCUUCAGGUGAAAGCAGUGGGAAAAGCGAUGGAAGAGAAUUUCGGAACGAAAGGGCGCGCUCGAAAUUUUUGCAAAAGGCGCGAAGCGCUUUGGGACCUCGGUCUUCAUCGCUCGCUAGCUUUUGGUUGUCGUUUUUCUGUGAUGUUGGAAGAAGAAGAAAUGAUAGUUCGUUGCAAAUGCGUAAUCCGUGCGGAGGUAUUCGCUAGGACCAAUAUGACUGCCUUGCUUUGUGGGCAUGUUUUCCAUGCUGAAUGCAUCCAAAAGUGGUUUGAGCACACGGAUACACCCAGUUGUCCAAAUUGUGGAGCUUCCAUCAACACAGAGCAGAUAGUACGACGCCUCUUUUUCAGUGCUACCGAUGAUCUGGACGACGCAACACUCGUUGACGAACUUAUGGAAAAAGUUGAUAACUUGGAGGCUGAGAACAACAAUCUAAAUAGGCAGCUGGAUGAAGCAAGGAAUCUACAGAAAAAGCUCACAGAAGAACGAAAUAGCGUUGAGGAACAGUUGAGGACUUCGAAGAAGAAUGAAGACAACCUGGAAGCACUUGUUAAGAGUGUGGAGGAAGUACUGAAGGUGCUCGAUAAAAGGGAGGCCGAUCUGGAAAUGCUUAAUGAAGUUUGUAACAACGCAUGUACCACACUACGGAGUGUCGAAGAACAGCUGAAAAUUCUGAGGAACAAAGAGACAGACUAGGUGAACUUUGUAGCCCUAAAUGCAGGGCUAUUAUACAAUAACUUUUGGGACUAAAUCAAAGCUACACAUUAUUAGUACCGUGUGUAAUCAUUAAGAAAUGCU